AGCCUUGGACGUCUGUUCCAGGACGGUCCUUGAACUGCGUGCUGUACUCUAAUAUUAACUUGAGAGGCAAUUCUCAUAAUAUGAGACCUACAGGAGUACUUUGAUUGGUCCUUUGAUUGCUCCAAGAGGGGAAAACUACAAGACCACCGGUAGCAGAUCAUAAUAAUGGUACGGACAAUAUGAACACACAACUUACCACCGCCCUUGAUGGGCUGGAGAACAAACUGAACUCCUUACUUUCCUCUCUCACAACACCCUCAGCUGCAGGCGCUCCUACUGCUGCUAUUGCUCUGCUUGAGGCCGACGACGUUGUUACCUCCGCCCUUGAUACCUUACGAAUCCACCAAGCCAACUACACAAAGAUCCUUCGUCUCCGAGCCGAGGCAGAAAGCCUAGAAGAGCGCAUAAAAGGAAUAGUGCGGGAUAUUUCAGUAGCCGGCCAGGAGGUCGCGGACGCUACGGGCGAUAGUGACGAUGAUUAUACCGAUGAGGAUUCUGAAACGGAUACAGAAAGUGAUGAUGAAGUGGCUAAGAGCAAACCAAAGAAGGGGAGAAGGAAAGAAGUAGACUACCGACUACUCCUGGACUUUGCACGGCGAAUUAGCAAGUACAAUAAACAAGCAGCGGCCGACGCAGCGACUGGGAUUGGAAGUGAUGGGACGAAGAAACUACAAGAGAAACAAACUCAAGAUACAGACAUGACGGAUGACAAUGGCAUCGAUACGACAGAUCAUGAUGGUCAAGAAGUGACUGUAGGAACCGUCACUAAAGAAGCAACAAGCUGGCUCGAAGAGUCCGCAGAUGCGGAUCGGCAGGUUUUCAUGAUUCCGUAUCCAAAUGAGGACCGCAUUCGAAUGGGGUUGAUGGGGCAGCUACAAAUGACAGCGAUGGAUCAAAAUCUCGACGUGGAGAAGGAGGCAGAGCGGAUGGUGCAGGAAGCAGAAGGGACUGCUCUGUCAGGAGGUGAGGCUGCCGGGCAGGAUAAUAGUCUUGCCAAUGAAUCUUCCAAGACUGCCACGCAUGCUGGAGCGCGCGUCACAGAGAGAGGACCAGCACCAACUGCAAGGGCACCUGCACCACAGCUUAAGGCGACCCUAGAUUUGGACUUGUACGACCCAGAUGAAGAUGACUAGUUUCUGUCGCCAGUUAGACGACAAUUUUGUAUAUAAAUAUGGAACGAACGAAACUCGCGCGUAGGAAAUUAAUGAAUUUGAUUAUUACUUCAACACAUCGCUUCUAUACACGUCAAAUCCGUUUCACAUUAUAUAUCGCCCAUAUG